AUGGAUUCCAGCUCACAUAAAUUCUACCCUCAACAUGGCUUUGAUUCUAGAGAACAUCUGGAAACAUAUUUUUCCGGUAAAGAAGAAAUGGCCUUUACAGAGGAUGCAAUUAAAUUUCCAAUGGAGACUUUACACCAAAUUUUCAAUGAGGGUCGCAUUAAAGGAGACCUUUUGAUUGACCUCAGUAAUGGAUCCUUCAUUCAUCAUCUCUAUACAGCCAGUCAAUUUUUCAAGCAGAUCCUUGUGCUGAAGUGCUCUGAGCAAUGUAUGAUGGAGCUGCACAAAUAUAUUAACACACAUACAGGAGCGUUUGAAUGGGAUCACAUAGAACAAUAUGCUAAAGGCAAAGAAGGAAACAGUGACCAGUGUCAGGGCGAAGACGUAACAUUGAAGACGGCAAUAACAAAGAUCAUAAAAUGUGACUUCAACAAAGAGAAUAUCACAGACCCAGAGGUGCUCCCACCAGCAGACUGUGUCAUCAGUGCAUGGCUGCUAGACCUCAUCAACAAAGACAAAGAUGAUUAUAUAAGGAAUAUCAGGAAAUUUAUCAAGCUGCUAAAACCUGAUGGAACCCUGAUAUUGGUGGGGUCUCUCAAUAAUACUUAUAUUAAAAUUGGCCAGGACAAGAUACAUGUAUUUAAAUAUGAUGAGAACUUUGUAAGACAAGUUCUCGCUGAUGAAGGGUUCAUUAUUGACCACUGUGCAGUCCAAAAUAGAACAGCAGUGAGUGAUGCUAUUGACUAUAGUGCACUUGUUGUUAUCGUGGCUCACAGAAAGAAUUAAGCUGGGAAGCAAAUAGAGGGCAGCGUAGGCGUUUGCAGGAUCUGACACAGGUGUACCGCUAUGGGACUUCCCCACUCUGAUGGGUCACAGACCACCUCCUUUACCCCCUGCUCUAGGACAAAGACUGCUCACCGGAGCCACCCA